AAGGGCGCGAAAUCUGUCUGUACUUGAAUCGACGAUUAUUACACAAAUUGUUCAUAAUUUUAUUUGCAGAACUGUUUCCUGUUGGAUUAAUGCUAUCAUCAUGGCUCUUGAAACAAUCGGUAAAAAGAUCUCUGAUGUGUAUCUUUCUCAAGAACCUGCUUUAAAUCCUAAACGAGGUGGUAGGAACUCUGAAAAUACAUUCGAAGGCAUUUUGAAACAGGUUGGUUUCAUACUUGGUGAAAAUAACGAUGCCAAUGAACUAAAUGUUGAUCAAGCUGUUUUCCUCCGUGAUUUGUCAAAAUUACUUUCCGAGAGAAACUCUUCUAGAAUCCAGAAUUUUCUGACUGGAUUCGAAGCUCAUUUGGAAGAUGAAAUUCGGUUGAAGUGGAGUCUUAUGCCCACUGUUACUGCUGCUACUUGUGAAACUGCUAGAAAUGUGUCACAAGAUAGUUUGGUUCAUUUGUUAUUGAAUAUGGAAGUGAUUCAGGAAAAAGUAAUUAGUAUAAUGCUUGGAAAGUUAGUUGAUUUUUCAUAUUGUGAAAAUACUGCUUUGUAUGAUCGUUCAGAAGGUAAAACCGUUGCUUGUCUCAUAAUAUCACAGUUCCGUUGGUUAAGUAAAUUAGUGAAUAGUGAAGCUCUUGCUGAGAAAUUGCUUGAACUUAUUGAAGCUACACCAAAGGAAGUGCAGCGAGAUAUUAUAAAAUUGCUUCCCGAUGUUAUCAAUGAAUAUGACCACCCUAAAGUUGCAAAAAGACUUGGUGAAAUAUUUUUAGAUAAUCAAGAACUCAAUGUGAUCAUUUUAGACACUCUAACAAACCUUAAUAUUGAGCCAGAGUUGCUUUCAGAUAUGAGGGGAAAAGUUAUUGAAACAAUUACAACUGCAAAUAUUGAAGACCUACCAAUUCUUGUAAAAUUUGUAUUGCAAGAUUUAAACUCUACUGAAGCCCCUCAGAUAAUUAGAGACUUAAGAGAAAAGUUGGAUUUUGACUCAACUUUCAAUCCUAUAAUAUCAUCAACUCCUCUGGCAAAUAAAAGUGAAGAAAUUUCUAAAAGUAUUGAAGGUUGUGUUCUAAACACUAUCAAACAUGCUUUGAAAUUUCAGAAAUCUCUUUGUGAUGCUUGGAUCAAGCAUCUAGAAGUGCUUCAAGGUUCACAAAGUCAUAAAUCAUUAGAUAUUUUUGUUGUUUUAAUACUGAUGUCUUUAGGAAUUCAUGAAAAAAAGUUGGAAAGUCUUUUAAAAAGUAAAAUCAGAUCAUGCAGUUUCAAUGAAGAUUUGUUACAAAUUACUUUUAGGUAUCAUCAUGAUGUGCUUCAAGAAUAUGCACCUCAACUUUUAAAAAUUGCUGAAUGUUUGUUGAGAUGUAUUGAACCGGCUAUUUCUUCCUUUGGAUGCUCAAUAUACAUAAAAUGUUUCAUCUGGUUUGAUGCCUUUUACAAGCAAGAAGUAAUUGGCAAUCUCAUCACUCAUGUUGGUAAUCGUUCAGAAAACGAAAUCAAUACUGCUUUAGAAACAUUAUUAUCUUUGAUUCGGAGCCAUACUCAUAAAAUGAUAUCAUAUGCAUUAUUUGUAAAGAACUUAUUAGAUCAUCUUCAUGAAAUGACUUUGAAUCAAAUUCGUAAAGUCCAUGAAAUGUUAAGCAUCCUGGCUUACCAGGGAGGACGAGAAGGUACCAUGUUACUGGAUGACAUGUUAAUUAUAAUUCGAAAACAGCUUACCAAUAAAAACCUGAAAUAUAGGAAAAUGGGUGUUAUUGGAGCCUUAAUGUCUGCUAAAACUGCUGCUGAGAAGGAAGCUGAUGAUAGCUUAAAUAUUUCUAUAUCUUCAAAUGCAUUGGAGUUAGAUGAAUGUUAUCAGCAUUCCAUAAAACUUUUAGAGCUCGUCACUGAGAGUACAUCUGAUUCAUGUGAGGCAUUUUCUUUAUUUUGUGAUGAGCUAUCCCACAUUAUGCUUGAAAAGAAGUUAAGUCAACCAAUUUUAGAUUGGGUUGGAGAUCGUGUGCUGUCCGACUUUGAAGAAACAUAUAUCAUUGAUGUUGUUCCUGAGGAAUAUAAUGGGAAGAAUUAUGGACCAAAAUUUGCUCUUGAUGAAGUUAAUGAACCAGUUGCUAUUGAUUUAUAUAAUAUUGUGCUGAAAAGUGCUGGCAAACUUCAUUCAAAAGUCACCACAAAUUUCCAUAAUUCAUCUAAACUUCAGGUAAAAAAUAAAUCUGAACUGGAUAAAAGUAGAGUUCUGAAGACUCUGUUAAAAAUAUCUGAUCUUCCUGAAACUUCUGGUUCUAACUCUUCUGUGACUAAAAUUGCAUCUCCUUUAAAGCUGGCUCCAAUGUUUAGAUUAUUACGUAUAUUUAGACAAAUUCAAGAUAAUAAUCUUGAGGCAAUUGAUGCUCUUUUGGGUUGUUCAAUUAUAUUACCAGAGUUUAAGUAUCAAAAAUUUGCUGUUCUGUCUACUUCUGAGAAGCAUCUAAUAUUGAAUAUUUUAUUUUUUUGCAUUAAUUGGAUCAGAGAAAAUAUCAAUGCCUUUGCUACUACUAAUGAUGAAGAUAUAAGAUGUAAUGUUUUAUCUCGCUUGCAACUUUUGAUUGAAUUGGAAAAUUUAGUGUGCAAGUAUGCGAGUGAAAUUAGUGAUUAUACUCCUCCAAUGGCUAAUUUCGAUUGUGAAGAAAAGAGUUUAAGUGUACCGAAAAAGAUUUCUAAGAAACCUGUAAAGCGAGCAAUUAAAGGUUCAAAAAAUAAAGCGAAAAAGAGGAAAACAGAGGAAAAUACUGAACAAACUGAGCUUUUAACUCAUGAUGUGUCCUCCAAAUCAAAAUCAACUGACACAGAUUCUGAUGAUGAGUUUGAAAUUAAAGUUGAAUCAGAUACAAAAAAGCUGAAGAGUUUACAGCCAUUUUUCCGUGAAUUAGAUUUAGUAGUUUUUGUUUUAUUAAAGUCAGAAAUAACCUUUAAGAAACGAUCUGAUAUUUUUAUGAAUGAAAAGGUCACUUCCGUUCAAUUGCAUCCACUGGAAUUAAAAUUUUUAUUAGAUGAUUUAAGUUCUAAAUUACAUUAUAGUUUGGGUCCUUCUCUUUCUUUCUUAAGAGGUCCACACAAGCAGAUUGGCUUUUCAAAUUUAGAGUCACUGCCAACUAUUAAGAUUAUAAUGUUUUGCAUCCAAUUAAUACCAGCAUUAUGUAAUAUUAUAGAUGAAUUUACAAAAUUCUUUAGAAGUAUUAUUAAUGAUUCAGAUGGUAUUGAGGAUUCUUUAGUCUUGUACACAAAUGAAACACAGUUAAUUAUGAAAUGUUUGAAUAUGGUUCUUAAAGUGCUGAAGCAAAUAAUAUCAUGGAAAAAUUUUAAUUUAAUUGAAAAUGCACCUGUUUUAAGAAAAGCUAUUAUAGCAUUCAUUUCAGAUAAAGAAAUAGAAAAGGAAAAUUCUAAUGAUAAACUCAUCGGAAUUUGUGUCAACCGCUUGGUUGAAAUAGCAGAUGCUAUUCCUUCACUGUCUUCUGCUGCAAACCUCAUGCAACUUCUUGUAUGCAUUUUGAAUUAUACUAGUGAUUCGAAUUCAAAACAAAGAGUUUCAUCUGUUGCUCUUAAGUUUUUAAAGAAGAAAUGGUUUGAUUUUGACAAUAAAGUUUCAAAAAGUGCUGAAAUUAAUGAAAAUAUUAGACUUAUACUGCAGGCUUAUUUAGAAAAUGGCACAACUGCUCUUAAAGCAUUGGACUUUUUAUCUGCUGAAGCUUUUCCACAGUUGUUAGAUGAAGAAAAUGAUGUGGUUUACUGUACUCUAAAUAAAUCUACAUUUAGCUCAUUUUAUAAAAUAAUGCUAAACAGUUUAGCUAAAUAUGUGAAAGUAUAUUUUGCUAGUAAGCAUAGUGAUGAGGAAAAUAUGUAUGAGUGGUCAGUGGCUUUCAAGGUUUUUCAAGUAUUUACUAAUGUACUGAAGCAUUUUAGUUUACGUUGCAAUAUAGCAGUUUGUUUAAAAUGCAGUCGUGAGAUUUUACAAACUUUUCUAAGGUACGGAAUGCCACUUAUGGACAAACUCUUUGUUGACAGUAAAGAAGAAGUGAUAUGUUUGAUGAAAAUAUUACAAGUGAGUACAAGGUAUCUGCAGCAUGUCUGUUGCCAUUCUAAAGUUCUAAAAGAUGUUUCUUUAAUUAAACAUGUUCCACCUCUGAAGAGAAAUUUAGAAGUUUUUGUUUUUCGUGUAAAAAUGAUGCUUGCUGUAAAUAAAUGUGAAGAAGCAUUUUGGAUUGGUAAUUUGAAAAAUAGAGAUCUUAAAGGAGAAGAAAUUCUUUCUCAAGCUAUGCAAGAAGAUGAUGAUGAUUCAAAUGCUGAAGUGGAAGAAGAGGAACAAGAUAAAAGUGACACGGACUUAUCAAAUAUUGAAUCUGAUACAGAAAAUUAAUAUUAAUCUGUUUAAUACUUUUAUGAUAUAUUUCAUUAUUGUCAAGAAAAUUUUGAUAGGAAACUUUUUUUACUCUAGUACGAAAUUUAAAUAUUUCGUGAUAUGGUGAUUGAUAAAAUUAACUAAAUAACUAAUCUCAUAAGAUAACAAGAUAUUACAGUAUCUGUCAACAAUAAAUUCAUCUUACAGAAGAUUAUUUAUUUUAUGAUGAAAUUAAGU